AUGUCUUCACCAGAGAAGCCGCCGGCUGAGAAGACCACAACUCCUCCUCCAACAAACUCAAAGAAGCCGUUCUCUUCACCAAACGAAAUGGUCACUUUUAUCGUUGGCACAGGCGACAAACAAGAGACCUUUCAGAUCCACAAACAAAUCGCAUGCGAACAUUCGGAAGUCUGGAAUCGUGCUUUCAAUAGCGUAUUUGUCGAGGGACAAACGCAAACUUAUCGGAUUGAAGACACUGGCCCUGAGGCGUUUCGAUUAUUGACGCAAUGGGUUUACCGAGAGAAAUUCGACCAUAUUCAUUCGGGAGACUUGGAUUAUCCUGCUAAGUCUUUGGAUUUUGGCCGAAAAGUUUCUAAUUUAUCGACUCCAAAAUUAUACUAUGCAAAUUCUUUAUAUGUCUAUGAGAACACAGUUGAGGGCAGCGCUCUGCGUCGCUUUCUGGUUGAGCAGAGUUGUUGGGCCACUCAACCAUCUCACUAUGGAUUGAUUGUUUACCCUAUGGGGAUGCUGAGGGAUAUUGUGACAGUCCUUAAGGCACAAUUACCUGCCAAUGUGAAGGCAAGGAAAUUUUCUCAAAUGACUGGGGACAACUAUUUGGUUGAGGAGAAUCCAACUACCGAAUCCUGA